GGAAAUGUUGUAAAUAGGCCAUCACAAUGAGCGGGCAAUGCAGCAUACAAUUCUUUCGACAAAAAAAUAUCACACUGUUUGCUCAAAUAAAACCUUCUUUCAACAUUAUAUAUGCUAUAUAUUUUUUUUUAAUUAUUAUCUUUUAGUAUUACGUUUUGUCUUGAACGUUUGUCUUUGGUCUGACAAGGUUUAUGAGAACUGCAAGCUUAGGAGAGGUACUUGAAAGCAGCAUUGGACAAGUGAGGAAUAAAUAGGAAGAAAUCCACGUAGCCCGUCUUGCAUCGUAAUUGUACAUCCGUUCGCUCUUGUCAAUGUGUCCGUUUGUCUAAAAGCUGCUUUCAAUUAAGGGAGAAAGGGUGUUCAUAGUGGCGGGGUAACACGGGAAAACCCACACUGGUCCUGUUUUCUGUAAGGGAGAGGACUAAAAUGGAGCUGGAAGACGGAGUUGUGUACCAGGACGACCCGGGGACAUCAGCAAUGAUGUCUGAGCGGGUAUCGGGCCUGGCCAACUCCAUAUACCGCGAAUUCGAGAGACUUAUCGGCAAAUACGACGAAGAUGUGGUGAAGGAGCUGAUGCCGCUGGUCGUGGCCGUGCUGGAGAACCUGGACUCGGUGUUUGCCGAGAACCAAGAGCACGAAGUGGAGCUGGAGCUGCUGAAAGAGGACAACGAGCAGCUCAUCACCCAGUACGAGCGGGAGAAAGCGCUUCGGAAACAUGCGGAGGAGAAGUUCAUCGAGUUUGAGGACACUCAUGAGCAGGAGAAGAAAGACCUCCAGAACCACGUGGACAGGAUGGAGUCUCAGUCUCGGCAGCUUGAACUCAAGAUCAAGAAUUACGCUGACCAGAUUGGCAGGUUAGAGGAACGAGAGCUGGAGCUUAAGAAGGAAUACAACUCCCUCCAUCAGCGACACUCAGAGAUGAUUCAUAACUACAUGGAACAUGUAGAGCGGAUCAAAAUGCAGCAGAUUAGUGAGACAUCAGAAUCGAGCAUGGCCGGCCGAGUCAGGAGAGAGCGACCUCUUUCUUUGGGUAUAUUCCCAUCAUCUGGGGCUCCGUCUCUUAUAAUACCAGAUUCCCACGCCCGAGCAGAGACUCCAGGCACAGAGGGCUGGAGGCUCACCGACUCAUUGCAGCCGCGGUCCAACACUAGUCUCAAGUUGGACUUUGUGGACCCCCCAAAGGAAAGGGAGGGUAAGAGUGCGCAGGACUCUACUACUUGGGGGAAUUCACUGGCAGACGACUGCAAGGAUGAAUUAUCAGAUGUCUCAGGCUCCAAGUCGGCUACACCAAUGUCAACCACCACAUCGGACAUGGAGAAGGAAGAUGGGAAUAGCAAGAGCAUGGAGGUACAGGCUGCCCCAGGGACCAGAUCAAUAUCAGUGGGUUUGCCUGAAAAUGAGGAUUGUGCUGAUGUACAGGAUAUCAUAGAGUCCACCCCUGAGCUGGACAUGGAUCUCAUUGGAUACAAACCAUGCAGCACUCCUACCAAAGGCAUUGAGAACAUGGCAUUUGACCGUAACACAGACUCCCUCUUUGAGGAGCUGUCGUCUGCAGGCACCGGGCUCAUUGGGGAUGUGGAUGAAGGGGCCGAUCUGCUGGGAAUGGGUCGGGAAGUAGAAAAUCUAAUUCAGGAAAACUCACAGCUGCUCGAGACAAAAAAUGCCUUGAAUGUGGUGAAUAAAGACUUGAUACUGAAGGUGGAUGAGUUGACAUGUGAGAAGGAGAUGUUGGAUGGAGAGUUGGAGGCUGUGCUGCAGGCCAAAACCAAGCUAGAGGAGAAAAACAAAGAGCUGGAAGAAGAGCUCAAAAAAGUACGGCUGGAAGUGGAGGAAGUAAAACAGAAAAAUAAGGAUGAAGAAGAUAGUGAUGUACCGACAGCUCAAAGGAGGCGCUUCACUAGAGUGGAGAUGGCCAGAGUGUUGAUGGAGAGAAAUCAGUAUAAGGAGAGACUUAUGGAGCUACAAGAAGCUGUGCGGUGGACAGAGAUGAUCAGGGCUUCAAGGGAAAACCCAACGCUCACAGAAAAAAAGAAAUCCAGCAUAUGGCAGUUCUUCAGCAGGCUGUUUAGCUCCACCAGUGCUCCUUCAAUCAAGAGAGUCGAUUCCCAGUCCACAAAGUACAACGCUCCUGGAAGUCUGGUAAAGAGGAGCAGCACCUUCUCUCAGUUCCCCACAGAGAAGUCUAAGAUUUUUGACUUUGUAAAUGAAGGAACGGAGCAGUGCAGCUCACCCUCUCGUAAGGAGCAGCAGAAAGCCCAAUACCGACAGGUCAAGGCCCACAUGCAGAGGGAGGAUGGACGAGUCACGGUGCAUGGCUGGAGUCUGCCCAGCAAACACAAGCUGGCAAAUGGUGGACAAGUGGAAAACAAGAUGAACUUACCAGUACCGGUUUACUUGAGACCUCUGGACCAAAAAGAUGCUUCUAUGAAGGUCUGUGGUGUGCUGCAGGGGUCAACCUGUCCGGGGGGAGGCCAGUUCCCUCAGCAGAUCUCAUCAAGCAGACAAAAGGUUCUCAGAGACCAAGAGAAAGGGGACAAAGAGCUGAUCCUUCAGGAUGAGAUUUCCAGUCGAGUGUGGGUGUGCAUGAGCACCCACUCCUCCACCAAGGUUAUGGUGCUGGAUGCCACUCAGCCCUCGGACAUCCUCGACAGCUUCUAUGCCUGCAACACACAUGUGGUCUGCAUUGCCAGUGUUCCAGGUGUUUUGGAAACUGAUUAUCCAGGAAGUGAGGAGGCACCCCAAGAUCCCGAAUCCUGCCAAGGGGAUGGGGUGUCACUGGCUGGCAGUGUGGCCAGUGUGGGCUCCACAGGCAGCGACGGCACCAUGGCAGCAGAGGGCGCCACAGCUGUCCCUCAGACAGCUGCUUCAGGUGUCACUGACCAUCCGGCUGAGUACAGCGCCUUGUCAGGCUCAGUUGAGCUUUCCAGAGAGACCAGUCCAGCUGAAGAUGGGGUUCCUACAGCAGAGGAGGCAACAGAAGCAACAGAAGCUAAUGCUGGUGUGGGCGAAGAAGGAGAGGAAGAUCAGGGAGUAGAUCCAAAUCAGCCAGGAAUCUACACGGAGCAUGUCUUCACAGAUCCACUGGGGGUGGGACCCACUGAAUCAUCUCCUGCUGAAACACAGGGGGGCUCAGGGCAGGAUGGUUUGACUUCUCUGCCAGAGGAUGCAGAAACAUCAGCGGGGGAAGUCCUGAGGAUGAGCAGCGCACUUCCCACCAUGUGGCUGGGAGCUCAGAACGGAUGUCUGUAUGUGCACUCAUCUGUGGCUCGUUGGAGGAAGUGUCUCCAUGCCAUCAAGCUGAAAGACUCCAUCCUCAGCAUAGUGCAUGUUAAAGGACGAGUUCUUGUUGCUUUGGCUGAUGGAACAUUAGCAAUUUUCCGUAGAGGCGUUGAUGGCCAGUGGGAUCUAACAAACUACCACCUACUGGAUCUUGGCCGCCCUCACCACUCCAUUCGCUGUAUGACGGUAGUCCAUGACAAGGUUUGGUGUGGCUACAGAAACAAAAUCUAUGUUAUCCAGCCCAAGGCCAUGAGGAUAGAGAAGUCCUUUGAUGCUCAUCCUCGCAAGGAGAGUCAGGUCCGUCAGCUGGCCUGGGUAGGAGACGGCAUCUGGGUGUCAAUCCGGCUGGAUUCCACGCUACGACUCUUUCAUGCCCACACCUACCAGCAUCUGCAAGAUGUGGACAUUGAACCCUAUGUCAGCAAAAUGCUGGGUACUGGUAAACUGGGCUUCUCUUUUGUGAGAAUCACAGCUCUGGUGGUGUCCUGCAGCCGACUGUGGGUGGGGACAGGAAACGGAGUCAUCAUCUCCAUCCCGCUGUCUGAAGCUAACAAGAAUUUGGGAAUAGUGUCGAAUCGCCCCGGCAGUGCUGUGCGGGUGUACAGGGACGACAGUUCAGACUGCACCUUACCAGGCAGCUUUGUGCCAUACUGCUCAAUGGCCCACGCCCAGCUGUGUUUCCACGGACACCGAGAUGCUGCGAUGCCACCUCCUGGCAAUGCAGAUUCAGGCUCUGAUGAUCCGGCCUCUGAAUCCUCUGAUACAGCCACCAUUGAGUCAAACACAUACCUGGUCAUGAGUGGAGGAGAAGGCUACAUUGACUUCAGAAUUGGUGAUGAAAGUGGUGAGUUGGAUGGUUUAUCCGAGCCGACAGGCAGCCAGCAGUCGGCGCCCACCAAAGCUGAGCAGAGCCACCUCAUUGUCUGGCAGGUCACCACGACUCAUGACUGAAAACCUGUCCAGGCGACACCAGGGGCGUCCACCAUCCCCGCAUGCCCUCCUCAACAUUUUCAAUUGAAUUUACUCAUUUUCCUUUAUGCCUGAGUAGAUGACUACUUUGUAUAGAAAAACAAAAGAAAACAAAAAAAAGACGUAAUUAUUUUAGUCCAUGUUUUGUACAUUUUAUCUUUUGUGAAUUUGAAGCAGAUAAGGUGAUGUUUAUGUUAACUUAAAGAAGACGUCCAGGCCUUCCCCUCUGCUGAUUUGCAUGUUGGAGAAGCUGGCUCACACAGGAAAAAGGCAGCAUGUCUGCAAGAUCAGGUAUGCGCAGUUUGGUCAGGUAAAGGCUUGCUGUUGUUUGUUUCUCAAAUAUGAAAAAGAGUUCAGAUGUGAAAGGGAUUUUUUAAAGCAGCUUUGCAGGCAUUCAAAGGGAGCAGGUGGUGUCUGUUUACAUCCUGUAAAUCAUCAUUGACUUAGACCCCGUGUGUGACAUUUACAUGAACAGUUUGGACAGGGUGUAAAAGUCCACAAUUUGAAAUAUGAUACUGUUUUGUCUCGCUUUGAUUGGAAAAGCAGCUUGCAGCAAGCCAUGCACAGCAAACACUUACACUGUUUCGCAGUUGUCAGCAAACAUCAUGGGAACAUACAUUGUUUGAGAGGAUGUUAGAAGUUAGAUAGAAUAUUGAAGCACUUUGGGUACUUUUAGUUUUUUUUUAUGAGAAUACAACAACCAGGUUAGCAUUAGCAGCACGAGGAAGUUGUAAUCCUCACCCAGGUGUGUCUGUCCAUGUGCCCACUCGGCCAUAUUGAAGCUAAAACUCCGUCCUGUGAGUGAAGAAAGCUCAGUGCUUCCUGUUUGCUUCAGCUCAUUGGCACUUUAAAAUGUUAGAUGUUAGUCGCUUGACGUUUUGGUGGGCGGGGUGUGGGGGGGACACACGUGUAACUUAUGUAAACUACACUACUCCGUGCUGAUUGUGUAAAGGGAAUAAAUAUUUUUAGCAAAUGUGGUCCAAGUAACCAAAGGAAUGAAGAAAAGCACUCAUUCAUGUCGAAUAAUCUGGAAUACUAGGUGUUUAUUUUCAGGGCCUCUAUUAGGGAAAAUGAUUAACUCGACAUUUUUGCCAGUGACCACACAGCACUAAAGAAAAUCUCUUCUGAUUGCUUCAUCAUUCCUUGUUUUUUUUGUUACAUGUACAUUUUGGGCACCUAGAAGGCUUUUUUUAAUUUAAUUUUUACUUUGACAUUAUAUGUUUUGUAUUCAUCUCUGAAACACUUUUAUUAGGAUAUGAGUAUUUUAAAUACUGACUGUAAUAUUACAGGAAGAUUCCACAACUGAGCAGAAGUUUAUUUUGGUUUUUAUAUCAAAACAGUUGAGCCACGUUUGGUCAGAAGUCCAUUUCAAAGCAGUAACUUUAUAUUGUGUUUUUGCCAUUCCAGUAUUUAUUUCUUAUGUUAUGGAGCUCGUCGGGGCUCAGAAUGUAACUUUCUACAUAAACUAAUUAUCAUAAGAGGCUAUUGUGAACAAAAUAGUCCAAGAAGUUUACAUGAUUCUUAAAAAUGGUCAAAUAAAAUAGACCCAUGAAAUCAUGUUGAGAAUUGUGUGCAAACAAAAACACCUUUUUAGAGAAUAAUUCAUGUACAAAGCUAUGCAUGUCUUUUUUUAAGAGAACACUGCAAUGUUGUCUGCUUGGUCUGAGUUUUUUGCCACCAUUUCUGGUAGGCAGACCAUAAGUGUAUGUGUGUGUUUGUGUGUCCGGUAAAUGUUGAAGUUUGAAGACAAGACCUAGGUGUCAGUGUUUGUUUAUUUUUCCAGGCGUGUGUGCUUACCUGUUAUGUUCCACCUGUAAAAUCCCAGAGGCCAGAGGCAAAUUUAGCCAUUGCACCUGCGUUUCCCAGGAUAAACUAACAGUGGUCUCUUCUAGUCCAUGUUUGCUAAAACGGUAUCAUAGCCUUAUUUUUAACAAUCUAUUAAACUCAGUUUCAUGGAGAAGCUGCUCAUGUGUCUAUUUUUUUUAAUCAAAUUGUUGUGAUAGAACAUUUUUAAUCAACAUCUUGGUGUAUUAAAGUUCCU